UCUGCGCGGGGGCUGAGGAGGCGGCGCGGGGAGUUUGGACCGGGUUACCGCCCGCUGCGAGCCUGCGGGACAGGAUCAUGGCUGCUGUUCCCCAGAAUAAUCUACAGGAGCAACUGGAACGCCAUUCAGCCAGAAAACUUAGUAACAAGUUAAGCCCUUCAAAACCGAAACCUUCAGGUUUCACUUUUAAAAAGAAAGUAACAUUGGCCAACAAUGUAUCUGUCACUAGUGUCUCAGUAGCGAAAACACCUGCCUUAAAUGAUAAAGAUGUUAAUGUCGCUGAGGCCUUUUCCUUCAGUGGACCACCGCCCCUCACCCCAAGUCAGCAGACAAGUCCCAGCGACUUCAGAAAUGCUCCAGCAGGACAGCAAACCAGGAGAGCUGUUUCAAAACCAUUAUUGCCAGAUGUGCUGCAAGUUCCACAGGGAGUUUUAUGUAACACCCAGAACACACCGAUUGUAAAAAAAUCCGGUAAUGCUACUUUCAAGAAAUUGGAAUUUAGUUCUUCAUCAGAUUCUUUUGUUACCAUCAACGAUUGGGAUGAUAUGGAUGACUUUGAUACUUCUGGAAAUUCAAAAGCAUUUGUCACGCCAUGCAGAAAUCACUUUGUGAGAGUAAGCACUGCUCAGAAAUCGAAAAAGUCUAAGAGAAAUGUUUUGAAAGCGCAGCUUCCCGGAGCAAAUACAGUAAAGGCUGAUUUGACUCUAUCCUCCUCUGAAAGCAAGCAGGCAUGUUUGACUAAGAAACAGAACAACGACUCGGAAUGGUUCAGUGACGAUGUGAUUUGCAUUGACGAUGACCCCGGUCCUGAAGACCUUAUACCUGGCGGUGCUCAGGAGAGUCAACCUUCAAAAACUCAUUUGGGAGAAGAAAGAGAUGGUAGUGAAAAGAAGAACUUGGAAGAAACAGAAUUCCUUUCAGUCGAGAGGUCUCCAUGUAUUGAGCUUGACGAGGAUGAUUACGAUGCAGACUUUGUUCCACCUUCUCCAGAAGAAGAAAUGAUCUCUGCCUCUUCUUCCUCUUUAAAAUGUUUCAGUAUGUUAAAGGACCUUGACACCUCUGACACAAAAGGUGGUCCUAGCACAUCCGAGGACUUGCCAACACCUGAGGGGACGACGACACAGCCCCCUGAUCAAGAGACCAGCACAGACUGUGAUGCUAAACAGACAAGUGUGCAGCAGCAGCUUAUUCAUGUGAUGGACCAGAUCUGUAAAUUAGUCGAUACUAUUCCUGACCAUGAACUGAAAGCUCUGGAUUGUGGGAAUGAACUGCAUCAGCAGCGGGACAUAAGAAGGAAGCUCCUAGCUGAAGCCGACUUUAAUACAAGUGAUGCCAGUAUUCUUGCUUCCUGGUGGAGACGCAGGCCUGCUUCACGUGGGAACCCUGUGGAGGAUAUGGCUUCUGUUUCUGCUCCCAGCGCUUUUCCAAAGGGCAACUCCUGUCCUACAGGGAGUUCGGUUAAGGAGUUAAAUUUUCCACACCUUCCCUCGCAUCCCAGUUCCACUAGGGAGUGUUUAGUGGCCGCUACCCCAGGAAAGACAGGAUUCACAGCCACCACGAAGAAUCCCUCUGAAAGACCGUUAUUCAACCCCCAUUUACAGAAGUCCUUUGUAAGUAGCAACUGGGCUGACACACCAAGGGUAGAAAAAAGAAACGAAACCCCUUACUUCCCGGGAAAUGUUCUCACAAGCACAGCUGUGAAAGAUCAGAAUAAAUGUGCUGCUCCAAUAAAUGACUUAGAAAGAGAAUUCCAGGCUGCCUGCGAUAUUGACAGUUUUGACAUAGAUGGCUUUGAUGAUGAUGAUGAUGAUGACUGGGAAAAUAUUAUGCAUAGUUUAGCGGCCAGCAAAUCUUCCACGGCUGCCUGUCAACCUAUUAAGGAAGGUCGGCCCGUUAAGCCAGUAUCAGAAAGAAGUUCUUCAGCCAAGACAAACUGUCUUCCAGUGGCAUCUGCUGCUCAAAAUAAAAACUCAGAGUCAAUUCAGAAGUACACUGAGAAGUCGGCGCAAGAUUUAGCAUCCAGAAAUCUGAAACACGAGCGUUUCCGAAGUCUUAGUUUUCCUCAUACAAAAGAAAUGAUGAAGAUUUUUCAUAAAAAAUUUGGCCUGCAUAAUUUUAGAACUAAUCAGCUAGAGGCGAUCAAUGCUGCGCUGCUGGGUGAAGACUGUUUUAUCUUAAUGCCCACUGGAGGUGGUAAAAGUCUGUGUUACCAGCUCCCUGCCUGUGUCUCUCCUGGCGUCACAAUUGUCAUUUCUCCCUUGAGAUCACUCAUAGUAGAUCAAGUCCAAAAGCUGACUUCCUUGGAUAUCCCAGCUACCUAUCUGACAGGUGAUAAGACUGACUCAGAAGCCACAAGUAUUUACCUGCAAUUAUCCAAGAAAGACCCAAUUAUAAAACUUCUAUAUGUCACUCCAGAGAAGGUCUGUGCAAGUAAUAGACUGAUUUCCACGCUGGAGAAUCUGUAUGAGAGGAAGCUCUUGGCACGUUUUGUCAUUGAUGAAGCACAUUGUGUCAGUCAGUGGGGACAUGAUUUCCGCCAAGAUUACAAAAGAAUGAAUAUGCUUCGCCAGAAGUUCCCUUCUGUUCCAGUGAUGGCCCUUACCGCCACAGCUAACCCCAGGGUACAGAAGGACAUCCUCACUCAGCUGAAGAUUCUCCAGCCUCAGGUGUUCAGCAUGAGCUUUAAUAGACAUAAUCUGAAAUACUACGUGUUACCGAAAAAACCCAAGAAGGUGGCAUUUGAUUGCUUAGAAUGGAUCAGAAAGCAUCACCCACAUGACUCUGGGAUAAUCUACUGCCUCUCUAGGCGGGAAUGUGACACCAUGGCGGACACUUUACAGAAAGAUGGUCUCGCUGCUCUUGCAUAUCACGCUGGCCUCAGUGACUCUGCCAGGGAUGAAGUACAGCACAAGUGGGUUAAUCAGGACGGCUGCCAGGUUAUCUGUGCAACAAUAGCAUUCGGAAUGGGGAUCGACAAACCCGACGUGCGGUUCGUGAUCCACGCAUCUCUCCCUAAAUCUGUGGAGGGCUACUACCAGGAGUCCGGCAGAGCUGGGAGAGAUGGGGAGACGUCACACUGCCUGCUCUUCUACACCUACCACGACGUGACCCGGCUGAAGAGACUCAUCCUGAUGGAAAAAGAUGGAAACCAUCAUACCAGAGAGACUCACUUCAAUAAUUUGUACAGUAUGGUGCAUUACUGUGAAAAUAUAACAGAAUGCAGGAGAAUACAGCUUUUGGCUUACUUUGGUGAAAAUGGAUUUAAUCCUGAUUUUUGUAAGAAAUACCCAGAUGUUUCUUGUGAUAACUGCUGCAAAACAAAGCAGAAGGUAAUCUCUUCUUACUCACAGGAUUAUAAGACAAGAGAUGUGACCGAUGAUGUAAAAAAUAUUGUAAGAUUUGUUCAAGAACAUAGUUCAUCACAAGGAACAAGAAAUAAAAACCACAUAGGUCCUUCUGGGAGAUUUACUAUGAAUAUGCUGGUCGACAUUUUCUUGGGGAGUAAGAGUGCAAAAAUUCAGUCGGGGAUAUUUGGAAAGGGAUCUACUUAUUCACGACACAAUGCUGAAAGACUUUUUAAAAAAUUGAUACUUGACAAGAUUUUGGAUGAAGACUUAUAUAUCAAUGCCAAUGACCAACCUAUUGCCUAUGUGAUGCCAGGAAAUAAAGCCCAAACUGUCCUAAAUGGGCAUUUAAAGGUAGACUUUAUGGAAACAGAAAAUUCCACCAGUGUGAAAAAACAGAAAGCUUUAGAGGCAAAGAUAUCUCAAAGGGAAGAGGUGGUGAAGAAGUGUCUUGGAGAACUGACCGAAGCCUGCAAAUCUCUGGGAAAAGUUUUUGGUGUCCACUACUUUAAUAUCUUUAAUACUGUCACUCUCAAGAAGCUUGCAGAAUCUUUAUCUUCUGAUCCUGAGGUUUUGCUUCAGAUUGAUGGUGUUACUGAAGAUAAACUGGAAAAAUACGGUGCUGAAGUGAUUUCAGUAUUACAGAAGUACUCUGAGUGGACAUUGCCAGCUGAUGACGGUUCCCCGCGGAGAAGCUCGGGCAGCAGCAGGGGCACCAGAAAAAACGGCCCCGAGGAGUUUGAUGAGGAAACACCCAUAUCUUCUCACUACUUUACGAAUAAAACCAAAAAUGAAAGGAAGAGGAAGAGGAUGUCAGCCUCCCAAAGGCCUAAGAGGAGGAAAACUGGCUUUGGUGGCUCCAAGACCAAAGGGGGGUCCACCGCAUGCAGAAGGACAUCUUCUAAAAGUAGAUCCUCCAACGUAUUUGGACCCCAUUCAUCUGUGCCUGGUUCUCAAGCAGCAUCAGGAGCCCCUAGAAGAUUGGGGAUUAUGGCUCCACCAAAGCCUAUAAAUAGACCUUUUCUUAAGCCUUCGUAUGCAUUCUCAUAACAACCAGAUCUCAACGUACAUAGAUCUUAUUUCUUGUUUGUCAGCAUCUCACCAUCUGUGACCAUAAAGCUGUUAGUUUUGUUAGAUCAUUUAUAAUUUUUACCCAUAACUAUUAAUAUUUAAAUAAAUGCUUAGGGUGACAGUUCUUAUUUUUAAAAUAAACGUUUUCUUUUGAAUAAGCAUGAUUUGCUGCCGCUGCAAGCCUUGUGGCUGUCGUUUCUCAGAACGUCUGAAGCAGCAGCUGAAUCAUCUCAGUGAGAGAAAUUCUAAGCACGACAUGAAACACAGAAGCCGCAGGAAGAGACACGCAUGGGACAUGGUGAAACUGUAAAACUGUGCAGAAGGUGACAUAAACAAAAUUAAAAGACAAAUGACAGAGAAAACAGAAAAAUAUCUGACGAAGAAUUAAUAUCCAUAAUACAGAGUACCUGUAUCAAUCAUUUAAGAAAAAGAAAACGAGCUGGGUAGAAAAUGAACAGAGGCUGUGACAGGCUCUUCCCAGAAGAAGUACAAAUGGCCCACAAAUAUGUGAAAAACGCCCAGUCUCCCCAGUUACAAAUAUAAAUUAGAACAAUGAGAUGCCAUUCUUCUGCCUCUUAAGUUGUCAACACUGGAUAAAAUCCCCAAAUCUGGGGCCAACAGGAGAAUGGCCAAACAUGUGACUGGUGAGACUAUAGGAGCUGUUUACGGUUAAUACUAGGGAGGCCUCACUUUUGAAGACCUUCCGUGUAUAGGCUA